GAAAACUCUCUAUAUGCAGGACAAUCAUUUGGGGAAGUUUGUUCGCUUGUGUGCAUAGCCAGGGUGGUGAAUGUGGAGGAUGCGAUUGACAUAUCAUUCUACCGUGGAUUACUGAUGCAGUCAUCCGGCUUGUGCGUGAUGAAUUGGGUCGCUCGCAGUAUGCAAUGGUCUCAGUGAACCCAAAGAAAGUUGGAAGUGGCUUUGACACGUCUGCUCUGCAGAGAGUCCUCGACGCAAUACGAGAGCGCAAAUCCCAGCUGCUUGAGAUUGUUAAUUACAACAUCCAAGGGGUUCAGUACGUUGUUGCAGGGCAUACAGAGUCACUUGGUUUGAUGGGACAAAUACUUGAUGUUCUAUCAUCCAAAGAUACCUUGGAUGGAUAUCUGCAUGAUAACCCCAGCAUAUCCGCUGUAGUCCAGGAAGUACUAGCAGUGGACACUGCCGUUUAUGGAUUGCAAAGCAGUGGUGCUACGACUGUGCUCAAUGGUAUUGAUCUACCAUAUCACUCCAGCUUGCUCGAACCUACUGUUUCAGCUUUUCGUGAAUUUCUGGACCAAGUACUCCCAAAGAACCCAGAUAUAUUUGAGAACCUGUAUAACAGGUAUAUACCAAAUAUGACUGGUACACCGUUCGAUGUUUCCCAGAAGUUUAUGAAACAGGUAUACGAUGUUAGCCACUCGAGUGUCGUUAGCAAAUUGCUCGAUUCUUGGGACGAUAACAGUCAUUAUAAUCAGGGCCAAGUGUCGUCUUGCGCGCGUCUUUUGCUCAUCGAAUUGCUGUCAUUCCAAAUAGCACGACCAGUUAUGUGGAUAGAGACACAAAAUACUGUAUUGAUCCGCUCGUGUGUUUCUCGGUUGAUUGAGAUUGGCCCUAAUCGCAACACUCUGUCGAAUGGCUCAGCGUACACUAGCGCAGUGGUAUACCAUAGAUGAAAGAACUGCCAUUCUCCAUGCCACAAGUCAAUAGAGGCAGCGUGUAUUACUCGGAAGCCC